AUGCCAUGGAGGGGAGGUGGAGAGGUUGGUAGAAAAACGGAGAAGAAAGGGAGGGAAAGAGCAGAUCGGAAACAACACAGUAGGUGGGGGUUCGUGGGUUUGCUCAGCAACCGAGGGGAGUUGGAGAGGUUGACAACCGAUUUUUCCGGUGGGCUCUCUUCGUCGACUGUUAGCUUAUCUCACCGGAGUUGUGGCUUCGAGGGAAAGAAGGGGUCGAGCAAAACAACAAUAGAGGGUGUCUGGGGUGAUGCUUCUUAA